UGAAACAUUGAUACAGUGUGCCAGACACCUGGACCUCCAUCUCGCUGAACCUCCAAGCGGAGCGCGCCGGGCCGCCGGGCGUGUCUCCUCCGGGCUGCUCGGGAUUCCGGUUUUUCCAGUCGGCUGCGCCUGGUUUUAAGCCGCAGCAGCUCGGAGCCUCGCUUCAGACCGAGCGGCCACAGCAGCAGCAGCAGCAGCAGCAGAAGCAGCAGCAGAAGCAUCAGAAGCAUCAUCAUCGGCAUCAGGAUGGCCCAUAACACCGCCACCAUGGGGAACCUGCCCAGCGGCAUCGGGAUAUGUACGACCAUCCCCGACAUCCUCUACGUGCCCGAGCUGAUCUUCGGCGGCCUGGUCUGGAUCCUGGUGGCGUGCACGCUGGUGGUGCCGCACAACCCUCAGGCCUGGGUGAUGUUCGUCUCCAUCUUCUGCUUCACCGUGACCUUCGUCUGGGUGGUGGUGUUCGCCUGCGGCGUCCAUCAGAACAAAGGCCGCUGGGCCGCCGCAGACUUCAUCUACCACGGCGUCGCGGCCUUCUUCUACCUCAGUGCUUCAGUGGUUCUGGCCAACGUCACCCUGAACAUAACCGACACGAGCUCCCGGAACUACAAGCUGGACGUCUCAGCAGUGGUGUUCUCGUUCGUGGCGACGCUUCUCUACUUCUCCCACACCCUCCUGUCUGCCAUUCGAUGGAAGUCUUUCUAGAGGCCUCGGAGCGUCGGGACACCCUCGGAGCGCGCGGAGCACGCCGACGGUGGCGAUGGAGACUCACCGCUGAAGCAACAUCUGGAUCACCACGGCGUCUCUCGGUGGCUGAGCUGGAGGCGUUUCAGGGAUUUAGUUAGUUUAGGAAUCACGGACCGACCAUCCGCGGGAUCUCAUCAGCAUGUAUUCCACAUGUUGCACCACAUGUUUGCAGGUUUAACUACAUUCUUAAAAAAAAUGUUUGGACAACAUGAACCAACAGAGACGGCCUACUCUAAAUGUUUCCAGGUGUUCUGAUCAUUUUGUACACUCUCAUAUUUUGUACUGUGCACUUUUUUGAAAACUGACCGCUUCAGUUUUGUAAACAUUUUAAGUAAUUGGAAAAUUAAUAAAUUUGUUUUGAAAUAUUUGAAAUCCUCAGUGAAACAAAGAUAGUUCUGUUAUUGUGUCUUUAGUCCGUGAACUCUUACUUUACUGAGGUUAUUUUCCCUUCUACACAAUAAAGUCGCCCCCUGCUGGUCAGUAGGAAGAAUUCCAGUUUACACCGCUUCUACAUUGGCUUCUUUUUUCAGAGCUUUAAGUUGUCGCCUGGUAAAAAACAAAAUGAUAUGAAUAAACCUACCAAAA